UCGUUUGUCGAUACACGUUGAUUGCAAAUUCAGUAUACCAAUUGCAGCUCAAAUUUCCAAAUCCCACCACCACCACCACCACCACCACCUACCACCGUCACCAACUUCUUCCUCUUCACCUCCAAAAACUGCAUCCUACGAUUUGCAACUUAUCCCUCUUCAAUACCACCACAGACUCUCCACUAUUACGUCUAGCACCACCUCUUAGGUGAUGGCAGCUUUUGGUGCUGCCGUUUCUCUCAAGAACACGAUUCAGGAUAUUCUACAAUCAUCUCGCAUGUCGCUGGUUCCUCCCUCUCCUGAGAUCUUACGAUCUGCCUAUGAUGCUAUGUGUUGUUUGCAGAAAGUUCUGCUAAAAUUGGACGAGACCGGCUACAGCAAGAUCAGAACGAAGGUGAAUGCUUUGGAUGACCGAAUCAAAGAGGUCAUAUGGGAAUUUGAAGAUUUACUCGAAUCCCAUUUCUAUGAUCAGAUUCUUCCACAGCUCGAAAGCGACAGGGGUCGCUUGUCUUUCUCUGUUCAUCUGCAGAGUCUGCAGCAGAGUGUUGAUUGCUUCAUCGAGAGGGUGACGGUAAUGGGUGCGGAGUACGAUAUUGAACUGCUGAAUAUGCCUGAAGAAGAAGGUCAACCUAUUUCUUCAAGAAUUGAUUUUCGUGAAAUCAACUCAAAUAUGGUUGGAUUAUCUGACCAAUUUGAAGAAGUCAAGGAUCGUCUGAUCAAAGAUGAAGGGAAUCAGUUUUUAGUUACUGGGAUGGCAGGGGUUGGAAAGACAACUCUUGUUAAGAGAGUAUUUGAUGAUCCAUCGAUUCAGAGACAUUUCGAGCUUCGAGCAUGGGUCAAAGUGGGCAGAAAAUGUGAAUCCAAUGAAACAUUACAGUGCAUUCUAGCCCAAGUGGACCCCAGUCCCGGCACUCACCACCAAAUGCUUACCCAAAGAGACAACGAUGACAACAAGAAAUUACUUGGACUCUUGAAAGAGAGACUGAAGGAUAAGAAAUGUCUCAUUGUGCUAGAUGAUGUAUGGGAACGGGACACACGAUUAAUGGAUAGCUUGCGAGAAAAGAAUGUCCAAAUUUUGCUUACAAGCAGGCUGAGAAUUGAAGAUUCUCCAAUUAUUCGUGUAGUACGUUUGUUGAAUGAAGAAGAAAGUAAGAAAUUACUUGGUGAGAAGGUGUUCGGUGAAAAAGGUUUCCCAACUUAUCUUGAGGAAUUGGGGGAGAAGAUUGUAAAAAAAUGUGAAGGUCUUCCGCUUAUGAUAAUUACAGUUGCAGAUCUCCUGACAAAAGCCAACAAGAGUAUAGCCGAAGAGCUCCUAAAUCGAGAAGUGCUUAACAAGAGUAUCCAUGAAUACUGGACUGAGGUAGCCGAAAAACAACAUAGUUCAGUCUUUGAGGAUGCAUAUAAUAAAAUAUCUGAGGUAUUUUACCCAAGCUAUGACUACUUGACUCAAGUUUUCAAAAUGUUAUUUCUCUAUUUGGGAGCUUUCCCCCCAUAUAGCAAUAUUACUAUACAUGAGCUCAUAUUUUAUGUAAAUGCUGAGGGGUUUUUUGAACAAAUUGAGGAACAAACUUUAGAAGAGCUUACGGAUAAAGACCAUGCUUGGGAAUUUCUUUUGAUCGAUUGGAUGGACGUGCUUGCUAAAAGUUAUCAUCUUCUUCUAUUGCAUGCGGAUCAAGAGGAAGGACCGUCUUGGUUUUCAAAUAAAGAUAAAGAUUGUCGUGUGCAUUCUUGCUGGCAGCACUUGUGUAAGAAAGAAGCUAGUAGAAUCAAGUUUUUGCAUGUUUUACAAAGUUGCUAUGAAGUUAUGGAAGGACAACGUCGGUUGUGUGCUCAUUCCAACUCUUUAUUUGCCAUCAAAGAAGUGUAUGAUUCAAUAAAAACUGAUUGUUCAUCCACUGUCCGUUCUCUCCUUUGUCAUGGUCCAAUCCACCCUUAUCCAGUGCCAAUACAUGCCAUGGAUUUCAAGUUGCUCAGGGUACUAAAUGCUACUAGGGUCCGAUUUUAUCAUAUCCCACCUGACAUUCUAAAACUUGUAUGUCUAAAGUAUCUUAGUCUAGCGUGCAACGAAGAGCUCCCUGUAUCCAUGUCCAACCUUUUGCUCCUUCAAUUCUUGAUAAUCACUCCAUAUGUGCACAUUAUAAAGCGUGGAGCUCAGCCAUAUAUGCCAAUGGGAAUAUGGGACAUGCAAAACCUACGAUUACUGAGCGUUGCGGGAAGAGACCUGCCAACCCCCAAUUCUGAUUCUAAUGCUAUUUUGGACAAAGUCUUAUAUGUUUAUGCCGCGGGGACAAAGAGUUGCACUGCAGAAAUUCUCAAAAGAAUCCCGAAUUGAAUGCAUCUAUCAAUUUUUAAUAUGAGGAAGCCUUAUGAUGAAGAUGAUGAUAGCAAUUCAUUGAGUGGCUUGGCUAAUAUCUCAGAGGAACUCCAGAAUUUGUUGAAUUUGACAUAUGUUGUUCAGCAGCCUGAUAUGAAGUGGAAGACUAUGGUUCCUCUUUCAAUGUUCCCCUCAAGUCUUGGAAUUUUGACGUUGAGUGGUUCAGGGUAUCCUUGGCAGUACAUGAACGACAUUGGUUCGAUGCUACCAAAUCUUGAAAUCCUUAAUUUAAAACAUUAUGCCUUUCGAGGCCCAAACUGGGAUAUAGAAUCAAGCUGUUUUUUGAAACUUGGGAUGCUUACAAUUGAAGACACCGAUUUGGUGCAGUGGAGAGCUCAACAUGGAAGUCUCCCAAGGCUUGAGCUCCUAAGCCUACAAUAUUGCUACAAAUUAAAACAUCUUGAUUUGAUGCGUGAUUCUUCAAUGGUCAGACCUACAGUUGAAUUAGUAGACUGCAAUCCCUUAGUUUACGAAUCUGCUGCGAAAUUACCAGAAUCUCUCUAUGCAUUUCAUUUCCACCGUUCUUGGUUAACAGGCAAAUGAGAGAAAUAAUAUGGGUCAGAUGUCGCAUUAUCCCAUCAUUUCAAGUGUAUUAUCAUGUUGUUUCCUGAAUUCAAGGAUAGUGAUUUGUUGGAUUUUGUUGAGAAUUGUGAAACCUGAAUGUUGAAUUAUGUUUGUAAUCAGUUAAAUUUCUGUUAAAACAUUACAUGCUUUUUUCUCUAAUUCAAUAAUCUCUCCGCAUUUAUGCA